AUGUCUUCUCCGUGGUCGAAUAACUCUAGAAAACUCAGCCAGCCCGUCUUGCAGUUUGUGCGUGGAAAGAGAACCAAGGCCAAGGGAGCUCUGUCACCCGCUGUGCAGAGAGUGAUCACGCAACUGAGCGUGAUGUCUGCGGGCCGCAAGCAGCCCAAGAUGUUGAAGCUUUCGCGCGAGGAUCUUAUCAAGCACCAAACCAUUCAGAACUGCUGGUCUAUGUACCAGAGAGAAUUGCGCGAAAAACGCAAUGAGCAGCUGAGGCUGCAGUACAAAAGCACGGAAAAAGCCAUGACUCUGCUGGAGCAGCUCGACCCAGAAUUAUUCGAAGCCGCGAACGCGAGCGAGGCUGGAAAGCGGUUUCCCUUAGAACUGAAGGUCCCCACCGAGUUUCCUCCCGACCAGGUAUGGUACUACAACUACAAGCCCAAGGAAGAGCAGUAA